UGAACUCUGCUCAACAGUCGCAUAAACCACUUUACUUUUUUUGAUAGUCGUUAUAGAAUUGAAUUGCUGCUGUUAUUCCGCAACAUCAUUACAGAGGAAAACCAAGGACAAUAUGGCAGUAGAUAAACUCAAGAAAGAAGAAACUCUUGCAAUGAGGAGGAGACUUAUCGGACAGUCAUGCAGACUCUUUUACUCAGAUGAUCCUGUGAAAAUCGUAAGAGCAAGAGGACAAUAUCUAUUUGAUGAAAAUGGCAAGCGCUAUCUGGACUGCAUCAGUAAUGUUCACCAUGUGGGUCAUUGCCAUCCCGAUAUAACUAAAGCUGCAGCAGCCCAAAUGGAUCUCUUGAACACUAAUUCAAGAUUCCUGCACGAUAACAUAGUCCUUUAUGCAGCCCGCCUGGCCGCCACCUUACCCGAGAAACUGUGCGUCUUCUACUUUGUUAAUUCCGGGUCAGAGGCCAAUGAUCUCGCCCUGCGCCUGGCACAGCAGUACACCAAGCAUGAGGAUGUCAUUGUGCUUGACCAUGCGUACCAUGGGCAUCUAGUGUCCCUCAUCGACAUUAGUCCUUACAAGUUCCGGAAACUGGCAGGACAAAAGGAAUGGGUUCAUGUGGCACCCUUACCAGAUACCUACAGGGGCUUAUACAGGGAGAGUCACCCUAAUCCAGGACAAGCAUACGCUGAUGCAGUUCGAGACCUAAUCGAAGAUGUGCACAGGAAAGGUCGAAAGAUUUCUGCCUUCUUUGCCGAAUCCUUACCCAGUGUUGGUGGCCAGAUCAUCUUACCUCAAGGAUACUCACCAAAAGUUGCAGAAUAUGUGCGCUCUGCUGGUGGAGUGUUUGUGGCAGAUGAGGUUCAAACCGGCUUUGGACGUGUGGGGAGUCACUUCUGGGCCUUUGAGCUGCAGGGAGAGGGUUUCUGCCCUGACAUAGUGACCAUGGGCAAACCAAUGGGAAAUGGGCAUCCCCUGGCAUGCGUGGCAACCACUGCAGAGAUAGCAGGAGCAUUCACAGCCAAUGGAGUGGAAUACUUCAAUACAUUUGGAGGAAACCCAGUGUCUUGUGCAAUUGGCCUAGCGGUCCUUGAUGUGAUUGAGAAAGAGGACCUGAGAGGAAAUGCCACAAGGGUGGGAGCACAUCUCAAAGAUUUACUCAAGCAGCUCCAAUCACAACAUCAAAUAAUUGGUGAUGUAAGAGGAGUUGGACUGUUUGUGGGCAUUGAACUGGUUACAGACAGACAGCAGAGGACCCCUGCCACAAAAACAGCAGCAUGGGUGGUGAAAAGAUUGAAAGAGGAAGAUCAGAUCUGCAUCAGUACAGAUGGCCCCUGGGAGAGUGUCUUGAAGUUUAAACCCCCCAUGUGCUUCAGUAUGGAGGAUGCAGAACUGGUGGUGCAAUGUAUUCAUCGCAUACUGUCAGACCUGGAGGCCAGAGGCCUUAAACUGGAAAAGGAAGACAUCUAAGGUUUCGGUGCCAAAUCAAAGUGUCUAUCAUCAGGUUCAAAUUACUGCACAUCAACAUAUCUUGGGAGAUGGCCAGCAUAAAGGAUGGUGCUGUUGUUUCCAUUCAACAUCUAAUAAACAGCUUACAUUUUAAAAUCCUGACUCUUACCAUCUUUUACCCACAACUGCAAUGUAUACAGUAUCAAGUCCCCACUUGUAACACUGAUCAGCAACAUGUUCUCAGUACAUGUGAUUAUGAUUAUCACUUACCAGACCACUAUCUUAAACUCCUGGACACAUUCACAAACAUGAUAUUGCAGUUUCACAUCUACUGGGGUAGGUU